GAGUGGCGUGAACGCUGCAGGUAACGUUAGCGGCGUUAACGCCCGCUCUCAGAGGGAGAGACGCUGGAAAGUCCCGGUGGGUGACAAUUUUUACGGAUACGCUUAGAAAGAGACAUUUACUCUCACUAACCCUCUCACUGGACUUGAGGGAAGACUUCCGAAGGUGUGUGUGCAAUGAGAAGGCCUUCAUUAGGGAAAUGAGUACAAGCAUUGGCCCCAUCCCUGCCCUACCCUACGGUUUGGAUGCGUAUGUUUGGCCUGUCUCCUGUAGCACCUCGGGGCAAUCCUCCAUCCACCCAGACACGCAUGCAUGGGGAUCUUUGUCUUCUCUGCCCCAAAUUUCUGUUUCCUGUAGUAGUAGAAUGGACCAGACUAGGCCCAGCCCGACCCCAGAGGAGCCUGAGAACCUGAGCUCUGAGUUCCAGACACAGUUGGACCUGUUCCGGAAAUUGGGCUUCUCCCAAACGCAGGUCAGGGCCGUCCUGCUGAAACUGGGGCUCAACACGGACACAAAUAGGGUUUUGGGAGAGCUGAUACGGGCAGGAGCCGAAACUGAGGAGAGAGAAGAUGCCCACCUUGCCCCGGCGCUCGUUUCACGUGGUGAAGGCAGCAGUAAGAAUGCGUCUUUACCAGUGGAGCAGGAGGAGGCCGCUGAAGAUGACGACGCCCUGAGACCUAUAGUGAUUGACGGCAGCAACGUAGCUAUGAGCCACGGCAACAAGGAAGUUUUCUCCUGCCUCGGAAUUCAGCUGGCUGUGAAGUACUUCCUGGACCGAGGUCACGAGGAUGUUACGGUGUUUGUGCCCUCCUGGAGGCGAGAGCAGCCCAGGCCGGAUGUACCAAUCACAGAUCAGCGCAUUCUUCGGGAGCUGGAGAAGAAAAAGAUUCUCGUUUUCACGCCUUCUAGACGUGUGGCCGGAAAGCGGGUGGUCUGUUACGAUGACCGCUUCAUCGUCAAGUUGGCAUAUGAGUCAGAUGGCAUCAUUGUGUCCAAUGACACCUACCGCGACCUACAGGGGGAGAAGCCUGAGUGGAAACGCUUCAUUGAGGAGAGGCUCCUCAUGUACUCCUUCGUCAACGACAAGUUUAUGCCUCCAGACGAUCCCCUCGGGAGACAUGGCCCUACUCUUGACAACUUUCUCCGCAAGACUCCACGAGCUCCUAAGCGACUGCCCUGCCCUUACGGUAAAAAAUGCACCUAUGGGAUCAAGUGUAAGUUCAGCCACCCAGAGCGAGCCAAACAGUCCCAGCGUUCCUUGGCAGAUGAGUUGCGAGAGAAAGCUAAGAUCCCAACCUCGCCACAAAGAUCGACAUCAGCAGGCCGCGGUACUUCUCUGGAGGAGGUCAUGGAGCAGAAACUCACCCUGGAUCUGAAGGGGCCCCUCAAGAAAGCCCAUACUAGUGAGAAUGUGCCAGUAUUAAAGAGUGGGCCACAGUCCACUCAGAGAAAGUUCCCAUCAAAACGUGAGCGGCCUGGUCACUACUCUCCAACAAGUCUGGACUCUUUCCACACUUCCUCUCAGGAGCUCCUGGAUUCGGGCCUGGGCUCAUACGAGUACACUGAGCUUAACGGCAGCAACUGUGACCACAUGCAUAGGGGAGAAUACAGAAAUGCAAAGUCUCAGCCUGGCAGUAAGCACCGGCCCCUGCCGUCCGUCAGCCAACCGUGCAGCUGCUGCUCCCUUAAGUCCAUGAGCUCCAGUAAUGGCUACCAGCACCACAGCAUGGACAUGGCUACCUCACAAAACCCAGGAGCCAUGCCCUACUGUCAGCCUCGAUAUAACUCCUAUGGAGGAGGCCCCUCUUACCUGCCAAUGAACAUGCCCCAAUACAGCCUCCCCCAUGACUACCACCACAACAGGCUGCCUCCCCACCAACAUAGUUACUGGUCUGAGCCAUAUGGCGGCUACAACCUUUCUUCCCCCAGCCCCAUGCAUGGUGAGAUUGCUCCCUGGGGCAUGGUGCCUCCAAAAACUAGUCAGCCAAUGCCAGAAAGGGAACAGUUGCGAAAGAAACUGCGUGCCAUUUUUAAUGCCCGUCUUGUAGACAGAGCCAUGGACAUGUUCCCGAACUUAAUGGACUCUCAGAAACUGGCUCAGGAGAUACUCAAUCUACAGUCAUAUGAAGGGGUUUUGUGAGUUUCACUGACUGCUUUUUGGUUUUACUUCAGGUCCAGGACCAAGGGGAUGUGGGGGAACGGGUUUUCACACUAGAGGUGUGUAAGUUUAGCCCUAUUUGGAUGGGAUUUACAUAAGUCGGUGGUGUAAUAUAAUUAUUACCAGCAUUUCUCUGUGACUUCAGUCUUGUCUGAAAGCGCCAUAUCAGUAAUUUUUGCUGACUGCGCGCUCCUGCGUCAGGAAAGAUUCUGCUGACUCUACCUUCUGUAAAACGACCCAUAAAAACAACCUUAGGUUUAUGAAUCUGGUGCAAAUCGACAUGUCAGUGAAAACACAAUAAAUCCCUUUCCACAGAAUGUGAUAAAGUUUGGAGACACUGAAAGAAGCAUUUACUCAUGUCCUCUAAUGAAGCCGAAGCCUGCUACGUUUGAAUUUUCCUAUUCCACCUUAACUAGUGCAGCAGUUAAUAUUAUAAUGCCUGAGACAUCAGAAUGUAACUGCUGCACCAUUUAAGGUGGAACGGAAAAAUAUGAAUAAGAAGCUGGCAAAUAGGAGGCCAACUUCAGCCUUGUUCUUCUCGACAGUUAAAAUCAACUCAGAACAUGUAAAAAAAAUACAGGAAAAAAAUGUUUUCUGAAAAAGAUAAAGGUUUCGUGAUGUGAAGUGGUCCAUCUGCUGUGAGUUCAAGCUAAUGACUCACUGCAUUCUCUUCAGACAGCAAGGUAAAUGGUUAGGGUAAACAGAAUAAUGGAUAAAUUAAAUGUGCUAUCUUUUCUACUAUUUUCUGUAGGGAAUUGACUGGCCACUCCCAUCUCUGUCAUUUGUACCAUGAUUUCUUAUUCUGUGUGAAUCGCUCAUAAACAUUACAGACUUCCUGAGGUAAACUGGCAUUACCCCAGCUAACCAUGGAACACUUAUCCCGUCCGAAUAGGGAUACAUAUUUUUGUUCUGCACAUUGGAGCAGUAGUUCACUUCUCAGAUGUUUUGAACAUCCACUGUUUUGUUUUUUUGUUUAGUUAUCAGAUUUUGUGGUCUAUUUGAAUCAAGUACUGAAUACUAUAUAGUUCAUACGGGUUCAUUUGGCUUGCCAAUUGUUCAAGUUUUCUGCUGCCAGCUGCCAACAUUCGCUAUUUGACUGUUUGGUUGUUAUAGACUUAACACGUUGUGUUACUGGUCAAUUUAAUAUUGGUUGCAUUAACCAACUAUUUGUAGCGAUUUAUCUGGAUUUGGUUCUCAGUUCCUGCCGCAUUGUUUUGUCAGCACUUCGGCACAGAACGCCAUACGUUACCAUGGUGUAACAAUGCUUUAUUUUUAAUUUAUUGAUUGAGUUUUAUUUUCAGUCUUUUAUUUUUGACACAUUAAGGUGGCAGUAGGCAUAGCAUUUAUUUCAGGUUUAGAAUUUCACUGAAUUUAUUAAUAAAUUAUCAUCCUUUUUGAGAAAGUAAGCCCUUAAUGUUUAGGUACUUUUAAAUAGGUAAUUCAUUAUUAAUGGCUAAUAUCUUUUAAGUGUCUAAUUAUGGUGGUGUUAUUCAAAUGUGGUCGGUUGGCACUGUGUGCCUUAAACAGCAGUCUCCAUGCAAAACUACCUAAGAGAGGUAGAUAAGUGUACACCCUGUGGGUUCUGGGAAUUUUCCCAUUGCUGCAAAACAGUAAAUAAUCAUAUAAUCACUUUGAGGUGUAAUUAACAUGACACUGGCAGAAAUCCCAGCAGGCACUCUGAAUUUAAUAGCUAAACAAAGAACACAUCUAUGCAAAUCAGGGUUGUCCUGAACAACAGACCAAUAGAAACAGAAGCUGCAUAUAUUUCUCCCCUGUUUAGUAUGUCUUUUAUUAAAGGUUUAGAAAAUAACACCAGAUUGAUGAAUGUUGAUGAAGCAUGUGUGUCAGUGUACACAAAGUCUUUGAGGCGUCACAGCCUCACGUCACAGAGUGUUGUGUUUAGGGAUUAUCUGAUGUCAGUAACUCAAGAUAAGGGCAGAGUUACCUGCUGUUUGUGAAACGUCAUGCAAUAAAAACUAACAAAAAUGUUCCAGUUA